AUGAACGACGAGCUCCUCCUCCUCCUCCUCUUUUAUAGGAUCUUCUUCUGCCAUGUCGCUGCAUCUGCUUCCACAACAUCCAGAUCGAGAGAGAGUUGCGUCGGGCCCAUUCGUCCCAGAGCUGCUUCCAGUACCCUCUCCCAGUAUUUUGAUGUGCGGGGGACAGUUGGCGCUUUCGACGUGAUGCUCUUAUUAAGAGGUAUCAGGGCAAGAUUUGAAGCCUCCGGUUUCAAGGAAUUGAUUAAUGGCGAGUCUGGUCUGUCGGACAGCGACGAACAACAUCUUCCACUCUUCCUCGGCAUCCCAACUAGGUUUGCCUAUAAUAGCAGCCCCGUCUUUCCUGGUAAAGACCCGCUCGAGUCUUGUAAUAGUUUCCCGCACCGUAUUUAA